CGGGCUGCGCCGGGCGCGUGGAGCGCGAGGCCGGCGGCGAGAGGCGAGGAGCGGGCAGAGCGCUGCCACCGGCCGCCCGCUUCCCCUUCCCUCCCCUCGGGGAGAGCCGUGCUGCUGCCGCCGCGGAGCCAUGGAGAAGCGCUCCAAGAUGCCGAAGAUCGUCGGCGCCGACGCCGGCCCGGAGGGGGGAAAGCAGCGCCAGAGCCUGUUCGAUAAAGACGGCAUGAAAGGAAAAAGGGUGUCAGCAAAUUACGAAGCUUUAGGUAUGGCUCCAGUGGAAGAAGAGCGUCUUAGUGAUUUGAUGAAAACUAGGCUAUUGGCAUUCAAAGCUCGUAGGGUAAAGAUAAGAUAUGCUAAUACAUACAGACUGGAGCCACAUAAUAAAUUGCGGGAUUAUUUAGUAAGAAACAAAGCUCAAGCAAUACUAACGAAUAGACUUCAAGAAGCCAAAUAUGAUGGAGUUUCUAGUCGCUCCUUGUGUGCUUCAAUCUCAGAAGAAAUAUUAAAGGCUGUGAAGGAACUGAAAUUUGACCGCUAUAAGUACGUGGUAUCAGUACUAAUUGUGGAAAAGGCAGGUCAGGCAAUAAAUGUUGCCAGCAGAUGGGUUUGGGAUGCUCAAAGAGACACUUGGGUUUCAGCUAAAUGUGAGACUGAAACAUUUAUUGCACUGGCUUUGGUAAUGGCUUGUUAUUACGAGUAAUACUCUAAAAGCUGCACCUCGUUUUGUGCGUCACGGGACCUGGUCUAUGUGAAAAUAUUUGGAACAUCAUUAUUUUAAUAAUAUUUUUUGUCCUAAUACUGUUGGCACAUUGAAAUCAACAUAGAGUUGAGAUAAUUUUCUCAUUUUUCUCUGUUAAAAAGAAACAACGAAAACCAAACCCCAAGCUCAAAAAAUGCUUUUGAAAUGUGUAUGGUUGAGUACAUAUGGGCUUCAUCUGUUGUAAUGCUCUGCUGUGGAAGCUGAAGCAGCUGGUGUAAGGCCAAACUUUGCAAAAUUUUGAAUGUUGCUUGUCUGUUACAUGCCUAGAGUUGUUAACGAAUGUUUACAAUAAACUGCAGGUAUUGGUAUUCUUAAAAGCACGCUCUU